AUGAAGAGCACAAAUUAAAAUAAAGGCAACUUUUUUGAGAUUUUAGCCAAAAUUAAAGAUAUUGAUGAAAAAAUACUCGAUUUGAUAAUUGAAAUAUUUAAAAAAGAAAAAAUUUCAAAUUGUCUUGAAUUUCUUUAAAAUGUUGACAUUUAAUAAUUUUAAAGCUUAUACAUCGAAAAGAAUAAGGAGAUAAAUGUUGAAAAUAAUGACAAUUAGAAAAUUACUUGUGCUAUCCAAUAAAUUAAAAUACAUGAUUUUAAUCUAUAAAAUUAUUCAUCAGAUAUCUACAAAGAAAGUAAACAAUAUAUAAUAAAUAAAAUAUCUAAAGAAAAAAAGAUUAUAGAGUUUUUGAAAUUUCUAAUUCGCCUCACAACUUUUGAUACGUAGUUCAUAUAAUGUGGAUCUAAUUCUCUAAACUUAUUAGUUGAAAUGAAGGUUGAUUUAACUAAUCAAUGUUUUGAAAACAUUAAAAUUAAAAAUACUUAUUUGGUGGGAGCUAAUUUUUUUGGAUGCAAUUUGAGUGGAUCUGAACUUGAUAAUGUAGAUAUAAGCGGAAUUAAUUUGAAUGGAGCUCAAUUAUUUAAUUGCCAAUGGAAAAAUCUAAAAUUACAUGAGCUACUUCGACUGGAUGGUCAUAUUAGUAGUGUUAAUUCAAUAUGCUUCUCUCCUGAUGGUACUGUAAUAGCAUCUGGUAGUGAUGAUAAGUCUAUUUGUUUGUGGAAUUAUAAGACAGGAAAACAAAUAUCUAAAUUAUCUGGUCAUAAUCUUUAAGUCAAUUCAGUAUGCUUCUCUCCUGAUGGUACUGUAUUAGCAUCUGGUAGUGAUGAUAAGUCUAUCAUUAUAUGGAAUUUUAAGACAAGACAGCAAAUAUGUAAAUUAUGUGUUCAAAGCAAGAUCAAUUCAAUAUCCUACUCUCCUGAUGGUGCUACAUUAGCCAAUGGUUGUAGUGAUAAGACGAUGGGAUUUUGGGAUGUUAAGACAAGAAAAAAAAAAUUUUUAAUAAGUGGUCAUAGCAAUUAAGUCCUAUCAGUAUGUUUCUCUCCUGAUAGUUCUACUUUGGCAUCUAGUAGUGGAAGUUCUUAUAGUAAUGCAGAUAAUUCUAUCAGUUUAUGGAAUGUUAAAACAGGAUAAUUAAUUUCUAAAUUGAAUGGUCAUGAUUAUUAAGUAAAUACAGUAAGCUUCUCUCCUGAUGGUACUAUAUUAGCAUCUUGUAGUUCAGAUUGCUCAAUCUAUUAAUGGGAUAUUAAGGCAGGACUAGAUUUAGCUAGAUUAUAUGGUCAUUCAAAAGAAAUAAAAACUGUAUGUUUCUAACCUGAUGGGACUACAUUAGCAUCUGGUAGUGAUGAUUAGUCUAUCAUUUUAUGGGAUGUUAAAACAGGACAAUAAAUAGUUAAAUUGAUAGGUCACACUAAAGUUGUCAAUUCAGUAUGCUUCUCUCCUGAUGGCACUAUAAUAGCAUCUGGUAGUUAGGAUAGCUAUAUCCAUUUAUGGGAUGUUUAGUAAGGAAAAUAAAAACGUAAAUUGGAUGGUCAUAGUAAAUGGGUUGAAUCAGUAACCUUUUCUCCUGAUGGUACCAAAUUAGCUUCCAGUAGUACAGAUAACUCAAUCUGUUUAUGGGAUGCAAAGACAGGAUAAUUAAUUACUAUAUUUGAGGGUCAUGGUAAAGGAGUCAAUUCAAUAUCUAUCUCUCCUGAUGGAACUAAAUUAGCAUCUGGUAGUGAUGAUAAGUCUAUCAUAAUAUGGGAUGUUAAUUCAGGAUAAUAAAUAAUCAAAUUAGAAGGUCAUAAUAGUAGUAUCAAUUCAGUAUUCAUCUCUCCUGAUGGGAUUACAUUAGCAUCAGGUAGUGAUGAUAAGUCUAUCAUUAUAUGGGAUGUUAAUUCAGGAUAAUAAAUAAUAAAAUUAGAAGGUCAUAGAAGGUUUGUCAAGUCAGUAUCCAUCUCUCCUGAUGGGAUUACAUUAGCAUCAGGUAGUAGCGAUAAGUCUGUGAUUUUGUGGAAUUGCAAAACAGGAUAAUAAAAAUUUAAAUUAGAUGGUCAUAGUGAUUAUGUUAGAUCAGUAUGCUUUUCUCCUGACGGAACUAUAUUAGCAUCAGGUAGUAGCGAUUACUCUAUUCGUUUAUGGAAUGUUGAAACAGGACAAUAAAUAGCGAAAUUAGAUGGUCAUUCAUUUGUAGUCGAAUCUGUAUGUUUCUCUCCUGAUGGAACUAGAUUAGCAUCUGGUAGUCGCGAUUACUCUAUUCGUUUAUGGAAUGUUGAAACAGGACAAUAAAUAGCAAAAUUAGAUGGUCAUUUAUUUGUAGUCACAUCUGUAUGCUUCUCUCCUGAUGGAACUAGAUUAGCAUCUGGUAGUUUAGAUAACUCUAUUCGUUUAUGGAAUGUUUAAACAGCACAAUAAAUGUCUAAAUUAAAGGGUCAUCGUAACAAUCCCACAUCUUUAUGUUUUUAUGUUGAUAGGACGAAAUUAGAAUUUUUUUUUUCUGAUAAUUCCAUUUGUUUAUGGGAUGAAGAGACAGGAAAAGAAAUUAAAUCUACUGAAAAACGGUAUGCCGAUGUUUUGGCUUAAUUUAAAACAACUUAUUAAAACCUAUCUUUUUCAGAUGGUAAUAUAUAUUUUAAUAAAAUUUAGUUACCACUAAUUAAACAGUUCUACUUAUAUCUCAAUAGCCAAUAUUUUAAGCAUAAGGAAGCUUAAUUAUGAAAGGAGAAUUUAUGAAUUAUUAAGGUGUAGAUUUACUAUAAUUAUUCAAAUCAAAAGGAGGUAUUAUUUUAGAAAGUUCAACAGAAUUUAAUUUAAAAAAAUGA